AUCGUGUGAUUGAAAGAUUCAAAAUGUUGAAUUUACAGUAAAACCCUAAUCAUCUCUCUCUCGUCUCGAUCGCAACCUGAGACAGAGUUUCUCUCUACUCGUUUCUCUCGCAAUGGCGGAUUCUCCCAACGAAGAAAGGGACUCACGAUCUCCUCCUCCACCCCGAAAAGAACAACCAAGAUCUAGGUCCAGGUCCAGGCCGAGGUCAAGAUCUUUGCCAAGGCAUGUAUCUCCAUCAAGAAACCGUGGAAGGUCGAGGUCAAGAAGCCGUGGAAGGUCUGAAAUUGAAAACCCUGGUACCACUCUCUAUGUGACCGGCUUAUCAACAAGAGUCACAGAAAAGGAUCUUGAAGCAUAUUUCUCCAAGGAAGGAAAGGUUGCGUCCUGCGUUCUAGUGCUGGAGCCGCGCACCCGCGAGUCUCGUGGUUUUGCCUUUGUCACGAUGGAUAGUGUUAAAGACGCUGAGCGGUGCAUUAAGUAUCUCAACCAUUCUGUACUAGAAGGCCGAUACAUAACUGUCGAAAGGUCCCGAAGAAAGCGCCCGAGAACUCCCACCCCAGGCCACUAUCUUGGCUUAAAAAGCUCCAGAGACAAUGACCGAGAUAGCCGUAGCAGUCGAGGGAGGCACUACGAUCGUGAUGAUUCUGGACACCGUAGGUCACCACCAAGACGCGACUUAUCACCUCGUGAUCAUGGAAGGAGGUCACCUCGUGAUCAUGGAAGAAGCUCUAGAAGAGAUCGGUCUUACUCUCCUCGUGGAAGAAGCCCAGAGAGAAGGUCCGAGAGAAGGUAUCAACCUCGUGGCUCGAGAUGACCUGUUUAAGUCUCUUGACGAAGGCAUUUAAGAACUUCUGUGUUGAUUUAGAUUGUAUGAUUGAUCAUUAUUAUAUUUAAAUAGUACAGAGAUUCUGUUUGGGGACAGUAAUGGCUUUGUGUCUUUUUUCUCUUAUGUAUGCUGCAGAACACAGUGAAUGUGAAACUUACAAUGUAAUAGCUUCUCUAUGCUACUUUGUUUUUUUAUGAGUGAAUUAUAAUUUCUA